UUUCAAAACUUUAGGAUGGAGGAUAUUUCAAAGGCUCUGUUUCAUGAAAUUGCACCAGUGCACACCUCAUCACGGUCCAAGGUGACAAUCGUCGGUGUUGGUCAAGUUGGUAUGGCUUGUGCUUAUAGUAUUCUUCAACAGAAUAUUGCCACCGAAAUAUGCUUAAUUGACGUUGACAAAAAUAAGCUUAAAGGUGAGAUGAUGGAUUUGCAAGAUGGACUUGCAUUUACCCGUCAUUGCGUUGUUAAGGCAUCGACAGAUUAUGCCCUAAGCGAAAAUUCGAAGGUGUGCAUAAUAACUGCUGGUGCUCGGCAAAGAGAAGGUGAAGACCGUCUUUCCCUUGGCAAAAGGAAUGUCGCUAUUUUCCAGAGCAUCGUUCCACAACUGGUCAAAUAUUCUCCGGAAACAAUUUUGAUGGUUGUAACUAACCCAGUGGACGUUCUAACUUAUUUGGCCUGGAAGCUUUCUGGCCUUCCAAAACAACGUGUUAUUGGAUCAGGGACCAACCUAGACUCUGCACGUUUUAGGUUCCUUCUUUCUGACCGAUUACAAAUGGCUUCAAGUAGUUGCCACGGAUGGAUUAUUGGGGAACACGGAGACUCUAGUGUUCCUGUCUGGUCAGGAGUGAAUGUAGCUGGUGUUAGACUUAAAGAUUUAAUAACCAAAUCCAAGGGUGAAGUUCUUAGCGACGCAUGGAAGAAAGAAAUCCACGACUUAGUCGUACAAAGUGCUGGAGAAAUUAUUAAGCUGAAAGGAUAUACAUCUUGGGCAAUCGGACUUUCUUGCGCGUCAAUUGUCAGCGGUAUCCUGCGCAAUACCCGUAACGUUUUUGCUCUGUCAACAGAUAUUAAGGGAUUACAUGGAAUCGACAAGGAAGUUUAUCUAUCCCUACCUUGUGUUCUAGGAGAAACAGGAAUAACUCAUAUUGUUCAACAGAAUUUGAGUACACAAGAGGUAUGUAACACACGUUUUUCAAUUGCGAAGCUGAAAGAAUCAGCUAAGAAGAUUUUUGAAGCACAACGAGCUCUUGGCAUCUAA